AUCGGCCAUUUUGUCGCUGGCUUGACUCCAAUCAAUUUUAGUUUGCGUAGUUGUGAGUAUUGGAUUCUUUUCUUAACUUUUUAUUUCAUUUGAAGAUGUGGUCUAUAAUAAGAAAAAACAAAGAGCUGUAUCCAGUGACAGGAUGUGUUAUUUUCGGAUGUGUUCUUGCUGCUGGAUAUUUACUUAGAAUGGCCGUACAACAUCCUGAUGCGGCUUGGGCGAACAAGAGAAGCCAGUUGCCUUGGCUUGGAGUUAAACAUAAUGAACAAAAAAGGUUCUAUGCAUCAUUUGAUUACUCAAACCUUAAAGAUGAGAAACCAAAGUUUGAAUGAGCUAUCACAGCAGAUUGAAACCAUUCUAUAAAAUUCAGUUUCUUUUUGUUAUAGCUUUGCCAGGAAAAUUGAUAUUAUCAAAACUGGACAAAAUUCUGUAAGAUUAUUUAAAACUUUUCUGAACAAAUACAUUUAAGAAAGAUA